AUGACAGAGCAGACCUACUGUGACCGGCUGGUGCAGGACACGCCUUUCCUGCUGGGCCCCGGGCGCCUGAGCGAGCAGCAGGUGGACAGGAUCAUCCUGCAGCUGAACCGCUACUGCCCCCAGAUCCUCAGCAACAAGGACGCGGAAAAGUUCCGGAACCCCAGGGCGUCCCUGCGCGUCCGGCUCUGUGACCUGCUGGGCCACCUGCAGCGGAGCAGCGAGCGGGACUGCCAGGAGUUCUACCGCGCCCUCUACAUCCACGCGCAGCCCCUGCAUGGCAGCCUGCCCAGCCGGCACAGCGGGCAGAACUCCGACCUGGACUUGGGCACCACCAGCCACGCACUCAGCGACAGGGGACCCAUGGCCUUCCUGGCCUGCCUCGGCCUGGCCGCCGGGCUGGCCCUCCUCGUCUACUGCUGCCCUCCAGACCCCAAGGUGCCGCCCGCGGCCCGGCGCGUCCUGGGCUUCUCGCCACUCAUCAUGGACAGACACGUCAGCCGCUUCCUGCUGGCCUUCCUGGCGGCCGAGCAGGGCGGCCUCUGA